UCUCGUAACGCCGCACCGUCAAGAUGGCUGCCGUGCACCACCGAGGGUAAACAUGAAAAUAUCCUCUCCUCACGGCGCUCCGAGGCCAUGACCGACGCCUGAAGGCCACGGAAUACUUAACACAGCUCCCGGCGGACGUGAAGAUGUCGAGCUCAUUUGUGAAGGACUGUUCGGACGUUUCUGCACCUGGGAAUGCCAGCUCCGGGAAAACAGUGAUAAUUAUCGUGAAUAAUGAGACUGGCAAUGUCUCCUUGGAUGGCAGUGAACUACAAAAUCUGCUGGCCUCACACACCCCAUGCCACACAGCGAGCCAUGGUGCUGAUGGCUCCCAGGUGAGUGUGGUGCGGAUGGGGAGUGGUGCAACGGUUAACCUGAGUGAGACGGCUGCCAGCACCAUCACCACCACUGCAGAUGGGGCACAACAUGUCAACCUGACCGUGGAGGGCUACCCAAGCAUACCCGUGGAAGUAGGGCAGGUAGGAGGCACUGGGAACUAUGCUGAGCUGCCGCUGGAUGCCGAUGCCUUCAGGCGGCUGGAGAGUGUGCUGGAGAGUGAGGAGGCCCGGGAGAUCCUGGGCAAGCCUCUCCUUGACAUGGUGGCCAACCCAGAGCAGCUUGGACCCCUGGAGGACCUCAUGGACACCUCCCUGUUUGAAGGAGAGGCUCAAUCAACUGGGCAGUCUGGGUACACGGUGGUGUCCUCGGGCACCGCCAUCAGGAAGAACCAGAGUGCCCCCAAGCGACGGUCUCAGCGACAGAUGGACAAAGCAGAAAGGGAGGAGGUUGAAAAGAUCUUGGCUGAAAACCACAAGAAGAUGCAGGAGGAGAGGGAACAGUUCAGCGGACACCAAAUAGUCGUUCCCUUCCCCCAAGCUGCUGCCCCCACUAUAAUAAGCCUUCAGGGAGAGUGUCAGGAUGGGUUUUUGGUGGCUGAGGACUCUGAGAUGUUUAAAGGCACUGAAGAGCAAGAGGUGGAAGGCAGCAUAGGGAAAGGGAGUGAUUCAGCUCCAGUCAGAGGGAAGGGAAGGGGUCGAGUGAGGGGUAGAGGGAAAGGAAAGGGGGAGGCUGAAAAGGGAAGUCCACAGGAGGUGAAGGGCCGUGGAAGAGGGAAGAAGAUGAUAGAUGGGGAUGGGGAGAAAGCUACAAGAGGAGAGGAGGCAGGGAGAGGAAAGGCAAGAGGAAGAGGGAGAGGAAGGGCCAUCACUGUUGUCACCACCACCACCUCUGCCAAUGCCCACACUAUCAGUGACAUGGUGCAGGAUGCUGAUGGAGAGGCUGUAGAGAUUGCAGGAGGAGUUAAGAAUUGCAAAAUAAUAGUUGGCAAAAAGAAGAGUGUUGAUUCUUCAUCCAACGAAGGUAAAUUCACAGUGGUGGAGGGACAGAAGGAGGCUGAGUUAGACCCUGACAGCACAGAGGCAGCAGCAGAGUCUCAGGAGCAGGUGGCCAAGAAGGUAGUGAAGAAGGCCCCACCCACCCCUAAGGUCAUCCCUCAGUUUGAGCCAGCACUCUUCUCAACCCCGGAUGUGAUGCAAAAAGUGGUUGACGGGUCCCCAACCCAAGCCAUCAUGGUGAAGGGGAACGGAAAGAACAUCAAGGCUCAGAAGAUACUCCUCGUCAAGAAGCAGGGUCAGAAGGAAAAGGUGCUGUCCCAAACACAGCAAGUAAAAGAGGAAAACCCUGAUUUGUCCGAAGUAACUGAAGAACAGGAACCACAUGAGUCUGAUGCUGCAGAUGUAAAUAACAGUGAAGGAUUCAAGACAGAGGAAGAUAUUAAGACAGAGGCAGAGGAGGAGACAAAGCCAAGCACCACAUUGCGAGAGACUGGUAUUUUGAGCAGUGUCAGUAAGGUGAUGAAGAAGAGGGAUGGGAAGUCAAAAGUGUUACAGGUGAAGAGUCCAACAGAGGUGAGAGAGGUGGUAGUGUUGAACUCAGCAAGGGUAGGAAUGAAUAAAGAAACAUUGGUGAAGGUCAUUCCUCCUAGAGACCCACCAAAGGAAGAGGAAAAAACUCCUGGGAAACAGAAAGUGCCCAAGAAAGAGGGCAAACAGCAAGUGAAAAAGACUAGUCCUCCAGCACCAGCACCAGCACCAGCACCGGCGAUAGAAGCAGCAGCACAGGAAGGAGAGCAAGACAAGAUUGAUGGACCCAAAGAGGCAGGUGUUAAUGAACCUAAGAAAAAGCUCUUCAAGAAAUUCAGGUCUGAUGCACAGAAGGGUGGAGACCUUCACAAGUCCUUCGAGGAUAUUGUGCUUCUCAGAAAGAGGGAAGAAGCUCAAAGGAAAAAGGAGGAAAUCCAGAGAAGAAGGGAAGAGAUACUCAUGAAACGAGAGGCCAUCAAGAAGAGGAAAGAAAUGAAAGAAUUGGAACUGAAGGGCGCCAUGGUAAAGAAAGAGGAAGUGACCAACACCCCAAUGAAGGAAAUGCCCACAAAGGUUAUAAAGGUUACCAAUAAAGUGGUGGUGAAGAGAGAAGUAGAGGAUAAGAAGAAGAAUGGGAUGCAGGUAACAGCAGCAACACCAGGAGGCAAGCAAGCGCCCUCCACUCCGCAAGCCACAACCAUCAAGGUGAUCCGUAAGGUGGUGACACAGACUCCUGCAGCCACUCAGGACGAGUCACCCAUCCGACGCAGUAACCGAGCCAUCAAGAAGAAGACCUUUGGGGAUGAGAUGGUCACCUAUGACUUGAAGGAAGAACUUGCACCCAAGGCCAAGGAGGAGGAGGAGGAGGAGGAGGAAGAGGAGGAGGAGGAGGAGAAGGAGACUGUGGAGGAGGAGAUGAUAAUCACUCAGGAGGAAGAGGUGGUGGAGGAGGAGGAGGAGGAAGAGGAAGAGGAUGAUGAAGGGGAAGAUGAUGAUCCAGAGAGGUUGUGGUGCAUCUGCCAGAAGCCGCACAACAAUCGCUUCAUGAUUUGCUGUGACCGCUGUGAGGAUUGGUUCCAUGGCUCCUGUGUCGGGGUUACCAAGGCCAUAGGUCAGCAAAUGGAACAUGAAGGCAAGGAGUGGGUGUGCCCAAAAUGCAAAAAGACAGAACGUGCGAUGAAGGGUGUGGUCGUGCUGGGGAAGAAGAAGAUUGAGGGACAAUUCAGUGGCCUGUCAGGAAAAGUUGAACAACCCCAACUCUCCCCAACCAAGACAGUCAAGCAGAUCAUCAUUAGUAGGCCAGCUGAGGUGGAGAGUCAGGGUGUGGGUAAAAAACCUGCAGAUGGAAAGAAGCCCCCAGAUGGAGUCAAGAGGCUAGGCGGCCUGUCUGGCUUCACCAUCCCCAAAAAGGUGAAUGUUGUGCACGAGGCCAUCACUCCACCCAAGAAGAUACUCAGUGAUGAGAAGAAGGUCACGUCCCCGCAUGUCAUCAAGCUGUCACAGAAAAAAGGCUCCGAUGGAAGAGAGCAUGUCAUUCAGCCUCGCUUCUGGCAGAAGGUGCAGGAGUCAGCUCAGGGUGUUGGCUCCUUAGAGAAGACCAAGCCGAAAGUGCUGGUUUACCAGAAGACCACUGGGAAGAUCAUCUCAGGUGCUGAAGCGCCAUCAUUCGAUGAGCUGAAGGAUUGGCUGAAGGAGCACCCAGACUGUGGCAUCCUGCAGCCUGGCAUGAUGAACGCCUCAGGGACACUUGUCACUCAGGGCGCCACAGUGACUGCAAGCCCCAACAGCCAAAAGAAGGUGAUCCAGGUAGCCAAGUCAACAGCUCCAUUGAGCAGUCCCAUGUCCCAGAAGGUAACUGUGGUCAAGUCUGCUGAUGGUCGAGUCAUCGUGAAGACUUCUGAAAACUUAGAAAAAGAGGCAUUGACCAAAGUGGUGAACACUGUGACCUCACAGCCCACCACCAAGACUGUCAUUGUCAGCACCACCAAGGCCUCAGUUCCCUUGGUUAAGGAGAUGGAAGAGAAGAAGGAAGCACCUCAAGCCAAGAAGGAAGCACCUCAAGCCAAGAAGGAAGCAACUCCAGCCAAGAAGGAAGCAACUCCAGCCAAGAAGGAAGCAACUCCAGCCAAGAAGGAAGCAACUCCAGCCAAGAAGGAAGCAACUCCAGCCAAGAAGGAAGCAACUCCAGCCAAAAAGGAAGCAACUCCAGCCAAGAAGGAAGCAUCUCCACCUAAGAAGGAAGAGUCUGUCCCACCAGCCAAGACACCUGCCAAGGAGUCCAAAAAGCUCUCAGAUAAUGUAACCAGUCCACCAGUGAAGUUAUCACCAGCGGAGAAGAAGAAGGCUGACAAUGCUGAGGUGAGGAACAAUGUAAAGAAGACCCUUGCUGAGUGCCUUGCUAAGCGCUGUGAGGAGACCAAGGACGAAUUCCCUAAUGUCACUGACGAGUACAUUAAGAAGCUCGUCAAUGAUAUAGAGAGAGAACUUUACCUACACUUUGCCAAGGACGUUGGAAUGAAGUACAAGACCCGGUACAGGAGUAUUCUGUUCAACACCAAGGACUCCAAGAAUUCAGGGCUGUUCCGCAAGAUCCUCAAUGGAACAAUAUCCCCCUCACAGCUGGCCAAGAUGACCUCAGAGGAACUGGCCUCCAAGGAGCUGUUGGAAUGGAGGGAACGAGAGGAGAAAAAGGAGUUGCAAGCAAUUGAGAAACAUGAACUAGAAAUGAUUGCUCUAGGUAAUCAGUACAUUAUGAAGUCCCAUAAAGGAGAAAUUGAAAUUGACAAGGAUGAGUUCAUUAAGGAAAAGGAAAAAGCUGCUGAUAUCCUCGCUACACUUCCAAUAGACCCCAUGGCUGAGAUCCUUGAUGACUCCACUGCCAACCACAACAGCCACAUUUAUGACCUUAACUGUAAGAUCUGUAACGGGCUUCAGGAAGAGCCCACUGCGACCCUCCAAGACUCUAAAUCCCAGAAAGAAAAGUUAAAGGAAAAGUCAAACAAGAACUCUAAAGACCACAAGAGUGAUGAACCAGCCAAGGUGAAAGACAGGAAGGAUAGGAAAAGUUCAUCAGACAGGGAUAGGAGAGAAAGGAAAGACUCCUCUGACAAGGAUAGGCAUAGACACCGCAGUAAAGAUCACAAAGAUUACAAGGAUAAGAGCAAGGACAAAGACAAAGACCGAGAUAAGGACAGGAAUAAAGACAAGGACAAAGACCGAGACAGAGAUAGGCAUAGGAGCAAGAGUAAACAUUCAGAUGAUUCCAAAGACAAACCAAGGGACAGAGAGCGCCACAAGAGCAGUAGUAGCAAUGUCAGCAAUGACAAAGAAAAGGACAGGGACAAGGAGAGGGAAAGACGAGACUCCAGGGAUAAACGUGAUGAUAAGAACAGGAGACAAAAGGACAAACAACGGGAUCGACGGGACUCCAAAGAUGAGAAAAGCACCAGCAAGAGAAGAGACAGUGAGAAGGACGACAAGAAAGACAGUAGAAAGAGACGCCACAGUGGCUCCCGAAGUGAAGACAGGAAGAGGAGAGAGAGCGAGAAGGAGAACACAAGGCACAGAGACAGUGGGUCGUGUGAGAAGCAAAAGGAUGAGGUCAGCACCAGCGAUGAUGUUGUGUUUGACAUUGGUGGUGCAGAACGAUCCUCCUCUUCCUCCUCACUUCCUGAUGGCCACACGAGGGAUGCUGAGCCCUCAUCUACUGUCAUUGGGAGCCCAGAAGACACCAAUAUGGAGCCUGCGUCACCAACAUCAGAGGAUGAAAUGCUGAAUUUGUCACAAGACUCUGUCCCCCCACUACCACCCACCACCCCUAACUAUGCUCCUCCUCCCCCAGCUGAGGCCUACUCCCCCUCUUCACCCUUAAAUUCUGAGAAGUCAAGUCCACAGCCACCACUUGAUAGGGACACCUUGACCCCCCCCCCUCUCCCAGAGGACGAAAUGCCCACUGCCCCUCCCCUCCCUGACUAUGAUAUCCCUUGCACCCCCCCACCACCUGAUGAGUACAAUCCUCAGACUCCCCCCAUGCCUGGCCUCUUUGGAACUUAUAAGAACUUCUAUUCAGCUUCUCCACCAAUGGAAUGUUCAACCACUCCACCAUUGCCUGAGCCCUCCUCCACACCACCUCUCCCCCGACCAGAUUCCCCCGGAACCCCACCCCUUCCUACAUCUGGGGGAACAACUCCUACUCAGACUGGUGCCUCCUCAACCCCACCUCACACCCCAAGGGGAUCCACACCUCCUCUUCCCAGGGAAAAGUCAUCAGGAUUAUUCUUGGGUGCAUCUGGUUACACUUCCUCAUCUCCCACUCUGUCUGAGUACAACAAGAACUUGGGCAGGCUCACUCCUCCCAUCGGUGCAGAGACUCUUGCCGUGCCCCCCAAGUCAUCAGGCCCUGUGCUCAUUACCCCAGAGCCUGAGAAUGUGUGGGAGGGCAUCAUUCACAUGCCAGAUGUAGCCAAAUUCAGUGCAUCAGCUUUUGAGGUGUCAGGAAAAGCUAAAUUUCUUCCAAAUGACGUGCCAAAUAUGAUAGAAGUUGUUGGGCGCAUUGCUCCUGACAUGGUGUGGAGCUACAUCGCACAAAUGAAGAAGAGUGGAUCAAAGGAGAUACUAGUGGUUCGUUUUCAACCAGCAAAUGAAGAAGAGAAGGUCUCGUAUAUUGCCUUAUAUUCCUAUCUGUCAUCAAAAAAGAGGUAUGCUGUUAUUGGCAACUGUGGGAAGUCUGUGAAGGAUUUCUAUAUUGUGCCUCUUGCCUCUCACCAAACCAUUCCUCAAGUACUCCUCCCUCUCAACGGGCCAGGCUUUGAGGAGCAGCGUGCACACAUGCUUAUUGGGGUGAUUGUGCGGGCCAAGAGCAAGAGAGUGUUUGACCACACCACUGGCAAUUGGAAGGUUGUUAGUGGAGGUCAGACUGUGCCCCCUCAUAAAAUCAGUGACUCAGACCGGAGUUGCACCCCACCCCUUCCUACUGAUGAAGACAUACAAGAAAUAGCUCUGGCUGCCAAGGAAGCAGAAGACUUUAAUCUUGAGAAUGACCUUCUAGGGUACAAAGAAUCGAGGUCACUGAAGCGUCGAACCAAGAAUGCUGGGGAGAGCUCCCAAUCCAAGAAGAGAAGAGAUCAAUCCUCAGUCUCCAGUUCACCAAGCAUUGGAGAGGAACCCAAGAGUCCACCAGAAGACAGCUAUGUUGAAGCUUCCCUUGACCAAGAGUCGAUGCUUGCAGAAUUAAAUCGACAAAUUGAGGAGCACAAAAAGGAACUGAGUGAAAUGCAAAAAACAAUUGGGAAUGAUGAGGAUGAACCUUACAGUCCUUCCCACGCUGAUGAGAGCCCCAGUAAUGAAGGUGAACAGUUAAAGCUUGAUACAUCAAAAAUCAGUAUUCCAUCCAACUUACAGGAAAUAUUAGAUAAUAUCAGAGAUAAGGAAGCUGAAAUCAAACAGAAAGAACAGGAGAUUAAGAGGCGAUUAAGUUUGACAUCUGAUCCAAUUGUAAUGAAUUAUGGUAAAUAUCAGACCUAUGAGAAAAAGAAAGUAAAAGAAGCCACCACUUCAGGUAAGGAUGUUGACCUAAGACCUUUGCUUCAAACUCAAACUAAGCCAAAUAAAGAAACUAAAACAGAUACAGACCUUAGAGUUUUAAAGGCAGCAACUGAAGAGACAAAGACAAAUAACACUGAACCUGUCACAAAGCAAGAGGAAGAUGUAGAUCUCCGUAUCAGAGAUCCUCGUUUAGCCAGAGCUCAGGCUGCUGCUGCCAGCACAGCUGCUGCAGCUCCUUCCACUGAGAAUUCAGAAAAGGGUAAAACCUUAAGCAAAAUGACAGAUGAGGAGUUGUUGGCCAAAGCUUUAGAGAUGGAAGAUAGUGAGUCUAGCAGCAGACAGGCUGUUUCUGAAGGUGGAGUAGAAUCUCAGUUUCAUCCAGUCAUGCCAGUACCCCCUCCCUUCAUUGCACCAGGCAUCCCAGGGGGAUUCAUUCCCCCAGGAGGACCCAUGGUGGGAUCUGAAGCCAUGGCAGGUCCCAUGCCACCUCCACCGAUGCCCCCAGUCCCCCCUCCCUUCAUGGGUCCAAUAGGUCUUCCCCCUGUUGACAUGUACAGACCUGAAAGCUCAAGACUGGGAGGUCCACAAGGACUUCCAGGUUAUGGAAGUCCUGAUGCAGGAACACAUGGGUCCUCAGGUUAUUCAGGGGCAUCUGGGUCAAGUAGACAAAGGUACCCCAACCAGGCCUGGGAGGCAGGGCAGGACUACAGUAGCAGAGGCUGGGGUCAUGGCUACCCAGACAGAGACAGGGACAGGGAGAGGGACUGGGCUAGGGACAGGGACUGGAAUAGGGACUGGGACAGGGACAGGGAAAGAGACAGGGAUCGGGAAAUGCACAGCAGCAGGGAUCCCGGGCAUUCAAGAUAUCAGUACAAAGGGAGGCGGCAUGACAGGAAGGGUGGGAGGAGGAGGGAUAAGCGGGAUAAGGAAAAGGGGGUUACAAAAGAACCUGAAGAUGAUGAUGCUUCUUACCCGGAAAUCGAUUACUAACUUAAGAUAGCCCGAUGUAAUUAUUUUAUGUACUUUUAAAUGUGACAUACCAUGUUAUGUUUGUCAAGGGUCCAGAUAUAAUUACCAUAAGUAUGAAACAGUAACAUGAAGUAUUCUCUCUGAAGCUAUAUUUUACUGUCACAUUGCCUGAAAAACGUAAUUGCUCAUAUUGGGCGUUUAGAGAAGCAUUGUACAUAGUUCUGUGAAUAAAGCUGAUACUGUUAGGACAAUUUUUGUAAUGUGCAAAGCUGUGUAAAUGUAUGAACAUAGUGGGUCCACCAUAUUUGUUAUAGAGAACAUGUAGGUCAGUAUAGAAGUAUUGCAGCUUCAGAUUUCCUAAGCUUUUCAAAAGCAUAUUGUUUGACUUCAUAAUUGUUAAAUGUACCCAAAAAGAUGGAAAGGCACCUUGUGAACCUAAGGGUUUAUUUUACAAAUAGGGUAAAUGUUUAUAUUUUGUAAAUAUUAAUAGGAAUUUUAGUUUGGACAAUUUGGAUCCUGUAAUUUUUUUAUGCAAUAUACUUGUAUACACCUGGUAGCAUAUAAUUUAGUUCCCCACCAUACUUCUCAAACUGCUCGAUUUGAAACACCAAAAACAUUUUCUUGACACUGUUACUUGGAGCAGGUCUUCCUUGCAUGACUGUCCCACGGUGCGGGCCAGUGUGCCGCUGCUCUUUGUGGGGGGACGGUUCAGGGGAGGGGUUUGUGGAAGUCAUCGUCUUAAGUGUGGCAUUUUGUGAUAGGAAAUCUGUAGCCAUGAAAACCUGCUAGAAAUUACAACAUGUAGUAUUAAGUUGAGUUUUAUAUUCAUAUAUAUUAAAUAUAUAAUAUAUAUUUGUCAACAGAAGAGCAGGCAUUCAUUGAAAAAUUGUUGAAACAUUUAUUUGUUAAGAGCUUUAUAUUCUUAAAUAAAAGUGGUUACUAAUUCUUGUCCAAAAAUAAAAAUAUAAUUUUUGUAAAGGAUUUUUUUUUGUGUCCUGGCAGAGUUGUGAAUUAGAAAGUAACUGUUAGAACACAGAAUUGCCUUGACCUUUUGGCCACCUGAGUCUUGAGUGGAUGCCUGCCUUCUAUGCAAUGCUGUGGCCAGCGGCCCGGCACACGCCACAGCAGCCGGUACAUGCCUGGUGAACGAUGCCUGUGUAGCACCCGUGUGCAAGGCUACUCUGUACAAAACUGUGAAUAUGUGAGCUGCUGUGCAUGUGUUCUUUGACGUGUUUUUUUACUUAGGUAGUUUUAGUUUAUGCCUUAUUUGUCUGGUUUACCGUAAGACACUCCUCGCACUAUGCUGACAAUGUACACGUGUGCCUGACCCAUCACACUACGCUAGGCUUGUUGAGUGCCGAGUGUGCUGCUUCUUCUGACUGUCCCUGUGUUCUGCACCUGUUGCAGACUCACCUGUGCAUUACCUGCUGGUGAUGAGAAAUAAUCCCUUGACUUUCAUGCCAUCAGAUAGUUUGCGGAUGUAACUUACCCCGACACAAUGUUGUACUCUGCCGAUGCAUUCAUACUCAUCUGUAUCUAUUUUUAUUUGGUAAGAAUAGUUUUUAACUAAAUUGAUUGGAGUUGUCACUCGCAUGAAACCUACAUUCAAGACUGAUUUCAAAUAAACUGGUGCUGAGGAUGUGAAGAGUGGUUUCAUUGUGUCUCAUCCCUGGCAGGCCUAGUCAGUCUAUUAAAAUUCCUCUUUAGUAUAGGAACAGGACAAAAAUAGUGCCCUUGCCCCACCAGCUGGUAGGUUCUCAGGUGGCUGGGCCAGAGGACACAGCACCACCACCUCACGACACACACACAAACACACACACACAAAACAGCUGUUCUGGUCAUGCAUGAAAGGAAUCCACUCAGUAAAGUGUCAAAUACUAGCCAAAUUAGAAACUGGAAAACCGAGAAGAGGCACCAAGCAGUUUACAGACACUGCUGGUCAGUCUCACUUGCAUUUUUUUUUCUAGCACUUAUGAUGAACACAUACAAAAAGUACAGGAGCCAAGGACAUACACUGAACCAGACUGUCUUAGAACACCCACCACCACCACUAU